AUGGUUGAAAAUGCAGACGAUGGAACGAUUGAUUGGUGGCCUAUGGAGCUAUUUGAGACAUCAUGUGCCGUUGAUAUGACGUAUUUUCCGUUUGACAUUCAAGUCUGCGAGAUACAAUUCAUGCCGUGGAGUUAUGCAGGGGUAAAAAUUAAAUCAGAGAAAGACUCGAUUGAUUUAUCAUACUACAGUACAAACGCCUUGUGGGACGUUCUCGAUACAAGUGUAGAGAUCACCGAAGUAACCAAUGUCGAUUUAAUCUCCUUCAAACUGAAACUUCAGCGAAAGCCACAACACCAUAUUUUGACUUUGUUUCUGCCAGUGCUGCUGCUGGCUACUUUGAAUAUUUUUGCACAAGUCCUUCCCACCGGGGGAGACAGGUCGGGAUACGCUGUCACAGUUUUCCUAGCUUUCACCGUGUUUCUUAGUAUCGCAGAGAGUGUGAUGCCGCCCAAUUCGGAAAAGGUUUCUCUGUUUUCCGUCUACUUAGUUAUACAGACUACACAGUCUACCCUUAUCACAAUUUUGGCGGUAUUGUUGACAAGAGCUGAAUCUAUGGACGAUAACACUAAGAUCCCGCGCUUUUUGGUAUUUCUCGAAAGACUUUGUCGAGGAGUCUGCCAGAAGAAAACGACAGCAAAAGUUAAUCCACACGCAAAAGAAACAAAGCUUAUAGAAAUUGAUAAUCAUGCCGAUGACGAUGGUAGAUUUUCACCUGUGAAAGAUACAGAUGAAGCGGAUCCUUGCACAUGGGCGAUGGUUGUUGCAGCCAUUGAUAAACUUGCUUUUAUUUUAUUUUCAGUCGUUUUCAUACUCAGUACGACUGUCUUCCUCUGUGUCAUGUCUUUGGGACCAAAUUAAGUAAAAUUUUGAUUACAGAUACUAUAACUUUGUUUCUGUUUAAGAUUAUUCAGUAUGAGCUUUGUUUUAAAAUACAAUAUGAUGAAAUAUUUAAAAGUAUGCCCAGAACAAAAUGUUUAAAUAAGGAAAACCUUUGGUUCUCUUUUUUUUCUUAUGACUGAUGCUAGUCAGUGAAUAAAAUCAUAUCAAGUAAACAAAACAAUCU